GGAAAAAGAAUAGUAUUAGAAAAUAAUGUCGUGUCUCAGAGAAAAAUAAAUUACCAAGUCUUUUCCAAAUACCUUAUGUACAAUGGACAAAUUUUCAUCUGGAAAAGCACACAGUCUUUCUGAAUCUGUUCAUUUCUUCAGUAAAAGAGUCAUGCUAAAUGUUCCUAAUGUGUUUUUCAACUGAGUCCACUACUGUGAAAGUGAAAGGGUUACAAAUUCAUGAUGUUGAAGAAUAAGUUCCUUUGCUUCAUUCAUGCUUCUUAUGCAGAGGAAAGUGUUUAAGAAGCUUAUGGAAUAAAAAUGAGUCAGAGUAAUACAGAAUCUGCAGGAAGUCCCUCAAGAGAGCUGUCUUUGCAAAAGAAUUUCUAGACUCUUCAUCAAGAUCUUCAUUUACACAGCUGUUAAAUCCAGGGCAACUGUGGUGAAAGCAUGAAUAAAAAUUCAUCUGGUGCAGUUUCGUCCAGUCUACUUGAAAAGAAUCCUGCCUUUCAGAUGAUUACUGUUGCCAAGGAAACUGGCCUGGGCCUGAAGAUCCUAGGAGGCAUUAACAGAAAUGAAGGGCCCUUGGUGUAUGUUCAGGAUGUCAUUCCUGGAGGAGACUGUGAUAAGGAUGGACGUUUGAAGCCAGGAGAUCAACUUGUCUCAGUAAAUAAGGAAUCCAUGAUUGGUGUAUCAUUUGAAGAAGCAAAAAACAUAAUUGCCAGAGCCAAGUUGAGGUCAGAAUCUGCUUGGGAAAUAGCAUUCAUAAGACAAAAAUCUGAUGGUGGUCCUGGAAGUCUCUUGUGUCCCUCCCUGUUACAAGCUUCAGGAGAAUGUGGAACUCAGGCUUCAACAUUUCAUCUUUCUCCUCCCCCUAAAAUACUAGUUCCAAAGACCUCAUCCACUCCCAAGACACAAGAUACCAUUUUGCCGUCUUUUAAAAUGAGUCAGAUAAAACCUGGAUACAAGAAAACAGAAUAUACACCAAUUACUUCUUUGGAUAGUAGCCCUACAGAUAUGUCUAAUUUGGCUACCACUCCUGCCUGGACCGAUAAUUAUGGACCACAAGGAAAGAAGAUUUCCCUAAAUCCCUCUGUUCGCUUUAAGGCAGAGAAACUGGAAAUGGCUUUAAAUUAUCUUGGUAUCCAGCCUACAAAGGAACAACACCAAGCCCUGAGACAGCAAGUACAAGCAGACUCAAAGGGAACAGUAUCAUUUGGAGAUUUUGUCCAGGUUGCCAGAGAUUUGUUUUGCUUGCAAUUGGAUGAAAUAAAUGUUGGUACACAUGAAAUUUCCAAAAUAUUAGACUCACAGCUUCUUCCCUGUGAUUCUUUAGAAGCAGAUGAAAUGGAAAGGCUUAAGAGGGAACGAAAUGAUGCCUUGGAAGAAGUGAAUAUGCUUAAGGAAAAAUUAUUCGAAUCAGAGAAGCAUAGGAAACAGCUGGCAGAAGAACUCCAGAGUGUGAAACAAGAAGCCAAAGCUGUAGUUGAAGAAACAAGAGCUCUGCGAAGUCGGAUUCAUCUUGCUGAGGCUGCACAGAGGCAGGCACAUGGAAUGGAAAUGGACUAUGAAGAAGUGAUCUGUCUGCUGGAGGCUGAGAUUGCAGAGCUAAAGGCUCAGCUUGCUGAUUAUUCUGACCAAAAUAAAGAAAGUGUUCAUGAUCUAAGAAAGAGAAUCACUGUACUUGACUGCCAGUUGCGAAAAUCAGAAAUGGCUCGAAAAACUUUUGAGGCGUCCACUGAAAAGCUUCUCAAGUUUGUAGAGGCUAUUCAAGAAGUUUUUUCUGAAAAUUCUGCUCCUUUAUCAAAUUUAAGUGAAAGAAGAGCUGUGUUAGCUUCUCAGACUUCCCUCACGCCUCUGGGAAGAAACGGACGCAACAUCCCAGCAAGCCUGGCACUGGAAUCUAAGGAGCUUAUUAAAUCUGUUCGUGCCUUACUUGAAAUGGAUUGCUUACCUUAUGGGUGGGAGGAAGCUUACACAGCAGAUGGAAUCAAGUACUUCAUCAAUCAUGUAACACAGACGACAUCCUGGAUCCAUCCUGUGAUGAGUGUCCUGAACCUGUCUUGCUCAGAAGAGAAUGAAGAAGAUUUCUCUAGAGACCUUUCCAACCAGAAAAGUUGAUGAUUUUCUGCAAGAAGCAGAGCUCCAUGGUCUUCUCAGUCUACAUGUAGAGUUGAGCAGAGACACAGACACCCAACUCUGAGACACACCAACUGUCUGAAAUAUAGUGUGAAAUAGAAGACUCUAGAUUUAGGGUGUUUUUACAAAGUUUUUAGAAAUUACUAUAUACAUUUAAACAAUCA